GUGGGUUGUGCAGCCACUCCAACUCUUGACACCCUCGACGAGUCCGUCAUUCAUUUUUAUACACACCCACCCACCCAUCUCUAUAUCUAUAUCUCUAUGUAUCUAUCUCCCUCAUUUCCACAUCAAAACUAACCCAUCUCUCAAAAUCUCAAUUAAUCACUCAAUCAAUCCAUCCAAAUGGAAGCCGCUGCUCUGUCUCGCAUCGGCCUGGCCGGGCUAGCCGUGAUGGGUCAAAACCUAGCUCUCAACAUCGCCGAAAAAGGCUACCCAAUCUCCGUGUACAACCGCACCACUUCCAAAGUCGACGAAACACUAGAUCGUGCUCACACCGAAGGCCAGCUCCCAUUAACCGGCCACUACACUCCUCGCGACUUCAUCCUUUCUAUCCAGAAACCCCGAUCCGUUAUCAUCUUAGUCAAAGCUGGUGCCCCCGUUGACCAAACCAUCUCCGCAUUAUCCGCUCACAUGGAACCCGGUGAUACUAUCAUUGACGGUGGCAACGAGUGGUACGAAAACACCGAAAGAAGGAUAAUCGAAGCUAAUGAAAAAGGGUUGUUGUAUUUAGGAAUGGGCGUUUCUGGUGGCGAAGAAGGUGCGAGAAACGGGCCGUCUUUGAUGCCCGGUGGGUCGUUUGAAGCGUAUAAUAAUAUUAAAGAUAUAGUUGAGAAAGUUGCGGCGCAAGUUGAGGACGGGCCGUGUGUUACCUACAUUGGCGAAGGCGGGUCGGGUAAUUUCGUUAAAAUGGUUCAUAAUGGGAUUGAGUAUGGUGAUAUGCAGUUGAUUAGUGAAGCGUAUGAUGUGUUGAAGAAUGUUGGUGGGUGUAGUAACGACGAAUUGGCCGAGAUUUUCGACGAGUGGAAUAAAGGGGAGUUAGAGAGCUUUUUGAUUGAAAUUACGGCGGAUAUUUUUAAAGUUAAGGAUGAACAUGGCGAAGGGGGUUUAGUUGACAAGAUUUUGGAUAAAACCGGGAUGAAAGGGACCGGCAAAUGGACGGUUCAGCAAGCGGCUGAACUGUCCGUUGCCGCUCCUACAAUUGCGGCUAGUUUGGAUUGUAGGUUUUUGAGUGGUUUGAAGGACGAGAGGGAAGCUGCAGCUAAAGUUUUGGAGGAUGCGGGUUUGAAAGAGGAUAUCGGGACGGUUAGAAAAGGUAUUGAUAAGAAGAGAUUGAUUGAUGAUGUCAGACAAGCGUUAUACGCUUCGAAAAUAUGUAGUUACGCUCAAGGGAUGAAUUUGUUGAGGGCGAAAAGCGUUGAAAAAGAUUGGAAUUUGAAUUUUGGGGAACUAGCUAGGAUUUGGAAAGGCGGGUGUAUUAUCAGGGCGGUGUUUUUAGAUAGGAUUAAGAAAGCGUAUCAACGGAAUCCUAAUCUUGCUAGUUUGGUUGUGGAUCCUGAUUUUGCCAAGGAAAUGGUGCAGAGACAAGGGGCGUGGAGGAGGGUUGUUGGGACGGCUAUUGCUGCCGGGAUUAGUACACCGGGAAUGUGUGCUAGUCUUGCUUAUUUUGAUACCUAUAGGCGGGCUAGGUUGCCUGCUAACCUUGUUCAAGCUCAAAGGGAUUUGUUUGGGGCACAUACGUAUGAACGGAUUGAUCGUGAGGGCGCAUUUCAUACCGAGUGGACUAAGCUUGCUAGGAAGAAGAAUUGAUAACAAUGGUAAAACUUUUUUCACAUUGUUGAUGAAUUUGCUUUGGUUAUAUCUUGAUGUUUUUGCUUGAAUUAUGUAUUGUAUUACUCGAUGAGGAUUGUCUCUAAUUCGGCAUAGCAAUUGUUGUGGAAUUUGCUUCUCAAAUUAUUAAUAAGUUAUGCAAUGCCAUUGAAGCCACUUCAUGUUUUUA